AUGUCCCAUUUGCUUUUUUCCAAGUUUUUCCUAUGUACACUAUUAUUAUGUGUAGUACUAAAUCUUUAUGAGAGUACCUCUUCCUCUGUAUGUUCCGACCAUAGAAUAAAUCAAGAUGUUUUGACAAACAAAUGUGGACAAACUUGGAAGGAACGUAUAUCGUCUCCUUCGCAGAAUAAAAACCUACCGUAUUCCACAGAAGUUGAACAACAGAACGGUGUUUUGCAAUACGGUAAUCAGAGGUAUGCCGACCCAAAAUACAUUUGUGAGCAAAAUUCUGUAAAAGGUACGCUGGCCCCUAAUGGAGAUGUUAACAGAGUUGUGUCGAAUGAAUUGGACAACGCUACCAAAUUACGGAAUAUAUACUCGUACAGUGGGAACAGUAUAGAAGAAGAUGUCAGAACAAAUAACGUCCAGGAAAAUAAACCACCACAACAACCAGAACAACCACAACAACGGUCAGCAUCAUCAUCGUCAACACCUCCAAAACAAGCAGUACGAUCACCACUACAGCUGCUACAACAACCACCACAGCUGCUACAACAACGAAAAAAACAAUCACAAAAACACGCAGCACAACGGUCAACAUCAACAGCAGCACCCCCUGUGGACACAUCAGAGGGAGGAGAAAAUCCAAUACCUUCCAUAUUAAAUGAACUAAAAGAAACAUUAUUAAUAAGACCACAAGUAAUUGAAACCAAGUUAAAAAACUUAGAACAAGCUCUGUUAGAUAAAAAAUUAAUAACAGAAUCCAAAUUAAAUGAAGUGAAAAAAGUCUUAUCAGAUAGUGAACUAAUAGGAAAAACAAAAAAAAAAAGGAAUGUUUGGAAAGUGUUGAAGGAAAAUUUUCUAAGCAAUCCAUCUAUAAGAGAAUUAAUGUUAAAGGAAUUAGAAGACAUUUUACUAGGAAAUGAAUUAAACACUGAAUACAUUUUAAAGAUAUUGAAUAAAAAUAAGUUUAGUAAUAGAUUAGCGUAUUUGCCUCUAUUAAAUAUAUUUGGAAGAUUUAUAAUAUCGAAAAAAUUAAUGGAAGAAUCAAAAUUAAAAGAAUUAAAAGGAGUUUUGUUAAAUGACAAACCUAUAACCGAAUCUCAAUUACAUGAAUUAAAAGUGUUGCUUGUGGAUAUAUUAUAUAAUAUUUCUAACACCAAUAAUAAUGUAAAAUCAGAGAAAACAGAUGAUCAUGAUGAUCACAAGGUUCGCGGGGUUCCUCGUGAAAUAGAUGCGUAUUAUUUUUCAGAACGUUUUGAUUCGACAAUCCAUGUGGAUGAGCGGUACCCGGACCACCACUUAUUGCAAAAUGUGCAUUCCUUCAAAAACCGUAACGAAUUUCCCAGAACAGAAUCGUUCAACGGAGAUCCUUUUGUUAGAAGGGCCAAUUUGAAAAGGAGAGAAAAUUUAUCUCUGGCGGAAGAUCGUUCGCGCAGGAACAUAAAGAAAGAUUCCAUCUAUAGAAAAAAUGUGUCGCAAAAAGCGGAUUUGAUAAGAAAAAAUGAACUUUUAAAAAAAAAAUUUCUGAGUCAAGCUGAUUUGGUACGGACAAGUAUAUUGAAAAGGGACAAUACUAUUUUUCUGCCCCAAUAUAACGACCCCAUAGAUGAUAAUCCAUCUAUAGACAGAAGGGAAAUAUUACAAAAAAAUGAGUUAAUAAAAAAAAUCCCCAUAAAAUUGGAAAUCACACCAAAAGACCAAUUACCAGAAAAGGAUGUAGCAGAAAAGGUACAUCUAAACGUCCCUUCAAAAGAUCCAUUACCAAAAAAGGAUGUGGCAGAAAAGGUACAUGUAAACAUUCCCCCAAAAGAUCCAUUACCAAAAAAGGAUGUAGCAGAAAAGGUACAUGUAAACAUACCUUUAAAAGACCCACUACCAAAAAAAGAUGUGGCAGAUAAAGGGGACAAAAACAAAAUAGAACAAAUCACAAAAAAAAAACAAUGGACUAUAGAAAUACAUAUGAGUGAAAAAAGGAAAAGUGAUGAAAUAAUAACGAAUAUAAAAAAAGAAAAAAAAACCACUACUAUAAGCACGCAUAUGUGUGAGAAAACUAAAAAAGGUGAACUCAUGGACGACAUCCUUGCUUCUAAAAAUGAAGAUGAAAGAAUAGAAAAAGAAAAAGUUGCAAGCAGGAAAAAGUUCAUUGUAGAUGUUCAUUUACAGAAAAAAGAGAAAAAAGGGAAACCAGUAAUAAAGAAAAAAAAAUGGAUGAUUAAAGCAAUCAUGAAAAAUAUUGUCCCAAAGAAGGAGCUGGAAGUAUUAGAAGAAUUACCUGGGUCCCGUGUAAUUGAUGUGAAUGUGCAAGAUCCUUUAUGUCCACAAACACAAGAGGCUAUUUUUGAAAGUAUUCUUGCGAAUCCUUUAAAGAAACCAAGUAAAAGAAAAAGAAGAAUUCGACUUUUACGAAAAUUGGCUAUUUAUGGAAUAGUGCCAACCCUUGCUAUAGGAGCUAUAAUAGGAUUUACAAUAGGAUAUAUCCAUGUAGCGCCCAUAGAUGUUUUUUUAGACUCUGCCGCUGUAGGUCUCAAAAGAACUGCUGAUUUGGUUGUAGAGGGAGCGCCUGAAGUUGUAGUUGAAUUUGGAAUGUGUGCGCUUGAGACAACGAAUUCAGCAUUGAGCACUUUUCUUGAGGGUGGCUCGUUAUUAGGUGCCUUAUUGUCUGUUGCAGAAUGCACAAAAAAUGCAGUAGCUGGUACCGUAUCUGUCGUUGCUAAUUCGGCAUUGGAGGGUGCUGCUGCAGCUGCUUCAUACGGUACAUUAUACGGUAUAUUGCAAAUAAUGUUCCCAUCAUUGAUAGCUGUUGGAAUUCUAGUCCUUAUUUAUAUUCUAUUUUUAUACCUAGAUGAAAGAAGCAAGAUGGAAUGGUUUCAUAGAUAUAGAAAAAAGUUUAUAAAAAAAUUGAAGAGAAAAUAUAAUGAAUUUACGAUGUCCAGGCAAAGAAGAACGAGAAGGUGGUAUAGGAAAUUUCUAUCUGGAAUGGAUAAAUAA